UGACAUCAAGGAGUUCUUUUGGACAGAUUCCAAAGUCGUCCUAGGAUACAUCAAUAAUGAGGUGCGACGAUUUCAUACCUUUGUCGCGAACCGAGUACAAAGGAUCCAUCUACGUACUACCCCACAACAAUGGAGGUAUGUUCCAACAAAAGAGAAUCCAGCAGAUUACGCCUCAAGAGGCCUCACUGUUAAGGAACUGACUUCCUCUGACUGGUUUACAGGGCCAACAUUUUUGUGGAACAAGGAAAUAAUUCCAGUCUUCAAUGAGGUCCCUGAGUUGCAACCAGAUGAUGUAGAAGUCCGAGGUGCUCUGGUACUUAAUUCACAAGCCAUAGAACAUAGAAGCUUUGUCGAUCGUUUUUCCAAAUUUUCAUCUUGGUCUCAGGCAGUUAAAGCAAUUGCAUGCAUCCAACGACGAAUUCGUAAGUUCAAGGGGAUUGAUUUUCCUAUUGUUGAGGAAAGAGAAAAGGCAGAGCACAUAAUAAUUAUACAUCUACAAAAGGAUGUAUUCCAAGAGGAUUUGAAAGUGUUAAGCAAGAGAACAUCACUGUCAUCUCAUAGUAACUUGUACAAUCUCGAUCCAUUUCUUGAUGACGAUGGUUUACUUAAGGUGGGAGGAAGGCUUGACAAUAUGUCUUGUAGUCUAUUUAAAAAUCCUGUAAUCCUUCCCAAAGUCCAUCACAUCACAAGAUUGAUUAUAGCUGAUUGCCACGAAGGAAUUAAGCAUCAAGGUAGGGGUUUUACCAUUAAUGCAAUCCGUGCAAGGGGCUAUUGGAUUCUUGGCAUUAAUCGUGCUGUUGCAUUUUAUAUUCGCAACUGUGUGAUUUGCAGAAAACUUAGGAGAUCACUAGAGGAGCAAAAAAUGGCUUGUUUACCUUCAGAGAGAGUGAACCCCUCUCCACCCUUCACUUAUUGUGGUAUGGAUUGUUUUGGCCCAUUCCCUGUCAAGCAAGGUCGAACGACACAUAAAAGAUAUGGACUCCUCUUUACUUGUCUUUCCUCUCGUGCCAUUCAUAUUGAAAUGCUUGACACACUCUCCACAGAUUCCUUUAUUAAUGGCUUGCGCUGUCUUAUUGCCAUUCGUGGAGCGGUUCGACAGAUUAAAUCUGAUCAAGGGACUAACUUUGUUGGUGCAAAAAAUGAGUUUGCUGAAGCCUUUAAAGAACUGGAUUCCAAUAGGUUGAAAAAUUUCUUGGCUGAGAAUCAAUGUGAUCUUGUAAUGAAUGCACCAUCUGCAAGUCAUGCAGGAGGCAUAUGGGAGCGUCAGAUUCGGACGGUGAAGAGUGUUCUUAGGUCCACACUUUCAGUCGCGUCGGAAAGAAUCAACGACUCAUCUUUAAGGACAUUUUUCUAUGAAGCAAUGUCGAUUGUAAAUGGUCGCCCAUUAACUGUUGACAAUUUAAGUGACCCAAACAGUCUUGAACCAUUAACACCAAACCAUCUUCUUACCAUGAAGUCCUCAGUUGCUCUACCUCCUCCUGGUAGGUUUACUGAGGAAGAUCUUUAUGCAAAAAAGAGAUGGCGUCAUGUGCAGUAUCUUGCCGAGCAAUUCUGGGGUCGCUGGCGUAAAGAGUAUCUUUCUAACAUUGCUCUUAGACAGCGCUGGCAUACCCCAAGAAGAAACUUGUCAGUAGGAGACAUAGUGAUUGUCAAGGACAAUGAUCUGCCUAGACAUAAAUGGCCUCUAGGUAGAAUCAUAGAAACAACUAUAGAUUCAGAUGGACUAGUAAGGAGAGUUAAGAUCCAUCUUGGUAAGAGAAAUUCUGCAAGGAGGGCGGAAUGUUUUGUUAAGCCUUCUGUAAUUGAGCGUCCAGUUCAAAAAUUGGUCUUACUGUUGGAGGCUGAUUAAACUUUUCUGUCUGCCUUAAUGUUCCUUAAUGUAAUGCCUUAAUGCACCAUUCAAGGACACUAUUGUUGAGGAAUCAUUCAUGUCUGAACUCAUGAUUGGUGGGAGUGUAAGUGACCUAUGUCACUUUUUAAAUUAUGUAUUGAUGUAUUUUGUUUUUGUUUCAUUUAUUAUUUGCUUAUUUAAUGUGAUAUUUCUGUAUUUGGGUUAAGGACUUUUAUUUUGAUAGGCUUGGGGUGUGGCGUAUAAGGUGCUUCGCAUUUCCUAGAUCCACAGGAAUGUUUGUGCAUGGUCGGGGAACGCAGAGUGCAGCGUGGAUUUCUCCUCUUUCUCACUUUGAUAUUGUGCUUCUCACUGAAAGGGUUAUAAGCUCUUACGGUGUUUUAUUUAAAUGUCAACGUAUUAAACAUUUUUUCGGAAACAUCAGUU